AUGAACUGGUUGAUUUUAGUGUUUCUGAUUGUAAAAUUGAUCACGGCUCAACAUUCGAAGUGUGAAUCGCGAAAUCAAGUGAAUUUAAAAGAUUGGGUGAGUUAUGACGUGGAAAAGGGAGAAAAAUCGAUAAUUUUUUAGGUGAAUCAACCCUGUGAUAGCGGUGAGGAUCAGCUUGGAAAUGUAGAAGAUCAGAAUGAGGAUGAGCAAGAUCAGAAUCAACCUCAAAAUCAAGAUCAGGAUAAACAUCACAAAACAGAAGAUGAAAAAUAUCGAGAAAUGAUCGAUAAAAUUAUCAAAAACACUGAAGAAUCAGCAGAAUCAGAUCUUGAUGUCCUAAAAUCAGAACCUAAAUUCAAUGUGGUAACAGAGGUGGAAAAUACAGUUAACAAUAUUGUUGAUGUAGUAAAAAAGCAGGCGAAAGAAGUUGAACAUGAAGUAAUGGGUACAAUCACGGGAAGAGAUUUGUCUGAGGAGGAAAUCGAGAAAAAUUCCAAUUUGUUUCAUAAACCUAAAGCUCAUAUGCUGGAGUUAAUGAGAAAAUGUCUGCAUAUCUAUUCAAAGUAUGAAGAGGUGCCGAUUUCAAAGAUCAGCAAGAUUUGUUCUGCGGAAAUCAUCAAUCAGCGGGGUGGCGAAAACUAUAAUCACGAGGAAAUUGAGAAAUUAGCGAGGCACCUUAAAGAGGCUUGUGUGAACAAAUUUAAAGACUCAUCACUAUUUCUUGUUGUUUUGGAUGUUGCGAAAUUUGGAUUGUGUGAAAGAGAGGCGAAUCAGAAGAUUGCGGAAAUGAAUCGGGAAUAUAGAAGGACUUUUGAGAAAUAUAUGGUUUUGGAUGAGGUUAAAUGA